CUGAUAGCGGAGUUUCUUGGGGAAAACAAGCAGAGCAUUUUGGGAAACGGCUGAGCCUGACACACAGAGAGAGCUCCUUCUUACUUCACCAAAUCCAACAACCCUGCUCACUGUGGAGGGUGUGAUCAUGUUCUAGGAGGAGUACAGCACCCUCUGGUGGCACACAAGGACAUGGUGAUCUCAAUCUGCAAGGCUGUGGUCACUUAUGUGCCGCUUCUGUGGAUUGUGAGGGUGACUGAUGGGAUGCCAGACCCUUCUCAGAGGGACCUGCUGAUGCGCCAGGAGGCGUCCAGACAGACCGGAGGCCGAGUGGCGCUGACAGCAGCCGAGCAGAAGCUGGAUUCUUACCUCCAUCGGCUGAAGGAGCAAGAGAUGUCUGCUGCCCAGUUCCCACCUGCUAUCCACUUCUUCAAGGCAAAGCCUCUCAUUCAGAAGAGUUCGAUCUUCAAACUGCUGCAGAAGAUGCCUAAAGGUGCAGCGCUCCACAUCCACAGCUCGUCUCUGGUCAGCGUUGAGUGGCUGGUGAAAAACGUCACCUACAGGCCUCACUGCUACAUCUGCUUCACGUGGGACAACUCGGUCCGCUUCCUGUUCUCCGACCGCCAGCCGUUCCCACGAUGGGACUGCUUCUACUGGCAGCUGCUUCAGACUCUUAGAGCCAAAAUAGGAGACCCUGCAGGCUUUGAUAACAGUUUAAUGCAGCACCUCACUCUGUUCACUGAGGAUCCAGAUGGUGAGUACCCAAACCAAGAUGUUGUGUGGGAGAAGUUUGAGAAAGCCUUCAUUGCAGCUGCAGGGCUAAUCACCCACGCUCCUGUCCUGAGGGACUACUUCUACAAGGGCCUGGAGGAGCUUCACCAAGACAACAUCAUGUAUCUGGAACUGCGGAGUGGCCUCUCAAGGACAUAUGAGCUUGAUGGAACCAUUCAUGAUAAGGUCUGGACUCUGAAAACAUUUCAAGAAGUUACAAAGAAAUUUAUAACAGAUCAUCCAGACUUUCUCGGGACACGCAUCAUAAUUUCUGUCAACAGGGCUCUUAGUGUAUCUGAGGUCAAAGCAGCCGUCAAACAGGCCAUUCAGCUGCAGAAGGACUUCCCAGAUGUUGUCGCCGGAUUUGACAUGGUUGGCAGGGAGGACGGUGGGAUGACUCUGUGGUACUUCAGGGAGGCACUUUCUCUGCCAGCUGAACUGGGUGUCACACUACCGUACUUCUUUCAUGCAGGAGAGACAGAUGACGAAGGCACAGACAUAGAUCAAAACAUUCUUGAUGCCCUUUUGUUCAACACCACACGCAUCGGGCACGGUUAUGCUUUGGCUCACCAUCCACUCGCCAAAGAGCUUUCUAGGAAAAGAAACGUGGCUGUGGAGCUGUGCCCCAUCUCAAACCAGGUGCUGAAGCUGGUAUCAGACCUCAGGAACCACCCUGCCACUGUGCUGAUGUCUGAGGGCCACCCGAUGGUGAUCAGCUCUGAUGACCCAUCUCUGUUUGGUACCACAGGCCUCUCCUACGACUUCUAUCAAGCCUUUGUGGGCAUCGGGGGAUUGAAGGCAAACCUGGGGACUCUGAAAGAACUGGCUGUCAACUCCAUCAGGUACAGCUCGCUUCCUGCUCACCUGAAGGACACGGGCCGCAUCAUGUGGCAGAACAAAUGGGAUGCUUUCAUUGCAAAUAAUUAAUGUUAGCCAAACCACAAUGGAUCCUGUUUGACUUGAAUGUUUGCUUUAGUACUCACCGGUAGGUUAUUACCAGCCUUUAUUCAGGCCAUUGAAAUUCAAUCCCCAGUGCCUUCUUGACAUUACUGUUUAUUUUGUAAAGGAAGGGCUGAUAAAACUGUAAAACGCCCUGAGUGAGGGUGUUCUGUUGUGACACGGGAAGGUAGAUAUCUGAAAACUGUGGAGCUUCUCAACUAUUUUUACUUUUCGUCAUCUCAACAGAGUUUAGUUAAGUACAACAGUAUUCAAAGUUGUCCACAACCUUUUUUUUUCCUUCCUUUACAAAAACUGUAAUCACAUUUUUCAUUCACAAUUCAUAUUUGUGUCACAAAGUUACAUGUCAAAAACAUAUGAUGCAGAAACAAGACUUCAAUAAAAACUAUUACUCCUUUGUGAUCCAGUUCAGAACUUUGUUCCUACACUGUGUGACUCUUGUGGAUCCAAAUUGUCCAAAGAAAAAUGUAAACUCACCCCACAGACCCACAGUUGUUCUACA